AUGCAACAAAGUCCUGUGUCAAUUACACAGUUAAAUAUUCUGUUCGCUACUACACGGUUGUUUGCAGGUCUGUGUGAGGCAGUGUACUGGCAAAAACUGACAUAUCCCUAUGAACUGCAGCGUGAGUGCCUGCCAAGGGUUUGGUGCAGGCAGAACUGCACUGACUGCUGCACUGGCUUCACUUUCAGCCGGAGUAUGCACUUAGUGGAUGGAGGCAAACUGAAGAUAACCCAGGGUUCACAUUCCUUCACUGUGGCAGUGCUGAAGCCAAGCCAUGGAGACGGAAUGUACUGGUGCGGUGUGAAGAGCAAAAAUGACACCAUCAUCAAGCUGGCUGAAGGCUAUUUUCAUAGCUUUAAGAACAAGACAGUGUUCAAAUGUUAA